ACGCAUUCAAAAAUUCUCCUUCCAAUAAAACAAAAGCACUAAGUUUUUAAAGAGGAUGAAGAGAUCAGAUUAUCUUAUUUCCUCUCUACGGAAUGCGAUAAAAUGAUUUUUUUUCCUGUUUCCGACACGACCCUCCUCUCUCUCUCUCUCUCUCUCUCUCUCUCUGCGAACCAUCGCAGAAGCAUUUCUCUAGGGUUCCAUUUCUCUUUUAGUAUUUUCCCUGCAUUUUCUUCCGCUUGUGUGGCUCCACGCGCCGAGGCUCUGUUGCCUCUGUUGCCAUAAAUCCAGCUCUCCUCUUCCCAUCACAGAUUCCAUGUUCCGGCUUCAACCAUCAGAAGAGAAAAACUCAAUACACUCAAGCGAUGAGCUAAUUCCCAAGCUUUGAGAUCUGAAGAAAGGGGCGGAAAUUUGAGGACUUUGCUGAAGAAAGCUGCCACUAGUCUUCUGUCACUUCUCUCUAGCCAGUUAAAACUUCCCUUAUCAACUUUGCCAACCAGCUGUAGUCAAAGAGAAAUACCUGAUCCACCAUGACCAUGAGCAACUUAAAGCUAGGUGUGCAGGUUGUGAGUGCCACCAACCUGAUGCCCAAAGAUGGGCAGGGCUCAUCCAGUGCCUUUGUUGAGCUCCAUUUUGAUGGCCAGAAGUUCCGUACCACUACCAAAGAAAGAGAUCUCAACCCUGUCUGGAAUGAAACCUUUUAUUUCAAUAUAUCGGACCCAAGCAACGUCCCAAACCUUGCUCUGGAUGCUUAUGCUUACAACAAUAUAAAUGCUGCCACCCACACCAGAUCCUUCCUCGGCAAGGUCCGUCUCACUGGGACAUCAUUUGUUCCUUACUCUGAUGCUGUUGUCUUGCACUACCCCCUAGAAAAGCGUGGCCUCUUCUCUCGUGUUAAGGGGGAACUUGGUUUGAAAGUAUUUAUUACCGAUGACCCAUCGAUAAAAUCAUCUAAUCCUCUUCCUGCAAUGGAGUCCUUCACACAUUCUGAAGCGCAUGCAACCCAAGCUCCGUCAAUGACUCAACAAGUUCAAAAUCUAUUUUCUGGUGACAAAGCCGAGUCAAGACACACCUUCCAUCAUCUCCCCAAUCCGAAUCACCAGCAACAACAACAACAUUUUACGGCACCAGUGACUGAACAAGCAGUUAAAUACACUGUUGAUGAAAUGAAAGCUGAACCACCACAGCCAGUAAAAAUUGUUCGCAUGCACUCAGCAUCAUCAUCUCAGCCAGUGGACUAUGCACUUAAAGAGACGAGCCCAUUUCUUGGAGGGGGACAAGUUGUUGGUGGCCGUGUCAUACGUGUAGACAAGCUUUCUAGCACCUAUGACCUGGUGGAGAAAAUGCAGUUUCUUUUUGUACGAGUUGUUAAGGCCCGGGAGCUUCCAGCCAAGGACAUUACAGGAAGUCUUGAUCCAUAUGUCGAAGUCAAAGUUGGAAACUACAAAGGAAUUACCAAGCACUUCGAGAAAAAGCAAAACCCCGAGUGGAAUGAGGUCUUUGCCUUUGCAAGAGAGCGAAUGCAAUCUUCUGUAUUGGAAGUAGUGGUGAAGGACAAGGAUCUGGUCAAAGAUGAUUUUGUUGGCAUUCUCAAGUUUGAUCUUAAUGAGGUUCCUACUAGAGUCCCCCCAGACAGUCCAUUAGCUCCAGAGUGGUACAGGCUUGAAGACAAGAAAGGGGAAAAGAUAAAAGGUGAACUGAUGCUUGCUGUCUGGAUAGGCACUCAAGCGGAUGAAGCAUUUCCUGAUGCAUGGCACUCUGAUGCAGCUACCCCUGCUGAUAUCGCUGCAGCUGUCUCCACCCACAUUCGCUCAAAGGUGUACCAUGCACCAAGGUUAUGGUAUGUACGUGUUAAUGUUAUUGAGGCACAAGAUGUCAUUCCAGGUGACAAGAGUCGUUUCCCUGAAGUGCACGUUAAGGUUCAGCUCGGUAACCAGGUGUUGAAAACAAAGACUGUUCAGGCUCGGACAAUGAGCCCACUCUGGAAUGAAGAAUUUUUAUUUGUUGUGGCUGAACCCUUUGAAGAUCAUUUGAUUCUUUCUGUUGAAGAUCGUGUUGGACCAAACAAAGAUGAGGUCAUUGGGAGAGCCAUGAUACCUUUAAACUCUGUUGAAAAGCGUGCAGACGAUAGACCCAUCCACAACCGUUGGUACAACCUUGAAAAGCCAGUUGCAGUUGAUGUGGACCAAUUAAAGAAGGACAAGUUCUCCACCCGACUCCACCUCCGUGUCUGUCUGGAUGGUGGAUAUCAUGUGCUUGAUGAAUCAACACAUUAUAGCAGUGAUCUUCGUCCCACAGCAAAGCAGCUUUGGAAGCCAUCAAUCGGAAUAUUGGAACUUGGGAUCCUGAAUGUAGACGGGCUCCACCCGAUGAAAACACGAGAGGGAAAGGGGACAUCCGACACAUACUGUGUAGCGAAGUAUGGUCACAAAUGGGUGCGUACACGGACCAUCAUCAACAGCCCUUGCCCCAGAUACAACGAGCAGUACACCUGGGAAGUUUAUGAUCCGGCUACAGUUCUUACUGUUGGUGUAUUUGACAAUGGCCAACUAGGAGAAAAGAGUGGAAAUGGUAACAAGGACAUGAAAAUAGGAAAAGUAAGGAUACGUAUAUCUACACUGGAGACAGGUCGGGUAUAUACACACACUUACCCAUUACUGGUCCUGCACCCUUCGGGUGUUAAGAAGAUGGGGGAGUUGCAUUUGGCCAUACGUUUUUCAUGCACAUCCCUGGUGAACAUGAUGUACAUAUACUCUCGGCCAUUGUUGCCCAAGAUGCAUUACGUACGCCCCUUAACGGUGUUGCAGCUUGACAUGCUGCGUCACCAGGCUGUGAACAUUGUGGCAGCUCGCCUGAGCAGGGCGGAGCCACCACUUAGGAAGGAGGUGGUGGAGUACAUGUCUGAUGUGGAUUCCCACCUUUGGAGCAUGCGACGCAGCAAGGCAAAUUUCUUUCGACUGAUGACGGUGUUAUCGGGAUUGUUUGCAGUGGGUAAAUGGUUCGGGGAUGUACGUACGUGGAAGAAUCCCAUUACCACUGUGCUUGUGCAUGUGCUCUAUGUGAUGCUGGUCUGCUUCCCAGAACUCAUACUUCCAACUAUAUUCCUAUACAUGUUUCUGAUAGGGAUAUGGAACUACCGGUACCGGCCACAAUAUCCCCCUCACAUGAAUACCCGGAUAUCUUGUGCCGAGGCGGUGCACCCUGAUGAGCUUGAUGAAGAGUUUGAUACAUUCCCAACGUCUCGCAGUCCAGAGCUGGUUCGGAUGAGGUAUGAUAGGCUGAGGAGUGUGGCAGGAAGGGUUCAGACGGUGGUUGGAGACGUUGCAACACAAGGAGAGAGGAUUCAAGCACUGCUGAGCUGGAGGGAUCCUCGUGCCACGGCAAUUUUUGUCUUGUUCUGUCUUAUAGCAGCACUGGUGUUAUAUGUGACACCAUUCCAGGUGGUGGCUGUUGUGGCUGGUAUAUAUUUGAUGAGGCACCCGAGGUUCCGCCAUAGGUUGCCCUCUGUGCCAAUCAACUUCUUCCGACGGUUGCCUGCUAAGACUGAUAGUAUGUUGUAGAUACGGAGUUGGAUGUUCUGGGGUUGGGGGUGAGCUUGCUCAAGCUCACUUGAUACUUAAUGUUGUUGUUUUCUUGUUAAUUAUGAGCUUCAGUUGUCAAAAUAGGUAAAGUUGAGAUACUUUGGAUCACGUACCAUUAAUAACUAUUUUUCUUUCUCUUCACUCUUGAGAUACCGAAAGUGAAAAAAAAAGAAAGGUAUUUGCCGUGUAGUUCUAGUUUAUACUUGUGUAUUAAUUGUUAACAUGUGAUUGGUAUAGGAAUGUUGAAUUAAA